UUACUUUCUCAUGCCACGGAUCGCCAUCCGUGUGUCCUUACUUUAAGAGAAUCACAACCGUCGAUAGCCCUUCCCAUCAACGGCCACACUCUUCUCUUCUCAUUUCAUCUUCCCCAAAAAUUUCACAAUUCCCGCUUUUUCUUUCCCUUCCCCAAAUCCCCCUCUUAUAUAUCACCCCAAACACACACCCUUUCCACUCAUCCACUUUCAAUUUUCCUUCAUUUUCUCGAGAAACAAACACUCAUCUUUCCUUUCAGUUCUCUCCAAUCGACAUGGCUCGUACCAAGCAGACCGCUCGCAAGUCCACCGGAGGCAAGGCGCCAAGGAAGCAGCUGGCGACGAAGGCGGCUAGGAAAUCCGCUCCGGCGACCGGAGGAGUGAAGAAGCCUCACCGUUUCCGUCCAGGAACGGUGGCGCUGAGGGAGAUCAGGAAGUACCAGAAGAGCACGGAGCUUCUGAUCAGGAAGCUUCCGUUCCAGAGGCUGGUGAGGGAAAUCGCACAGGACUUCAAGACCGAUCUCCGGUUCCAGAGCACCGCCGUCGCCGCGCUACAAGAAGCCGCCGAAGCUUACCUGGUUGGGUUGUUCGAAGACACGAACCUUUGCGCCAUUCAUGCUAAGAGGGUCACUAUUAUGCCCAAGGACAUUCAACUCGCUCGUAGAAUUAGGGGCGAGAGGGCUUAGGGUUAUAGAAUGCCAUAGGUGUUAUUAGUUAGGGUUUGGUUCUUAUCUUGUAAUUUAACCUAUGUUUUUAUCUAUCGAUGUGUCUUUUCAGUUGACGAGAGCGUAUUCGCUUAUUGUAAGAUGUAUGAACUGAUCUGGUUUUCUUAUUACAUCUUGAUAAUGAGUGCAUGUUGUAAUUGAAAGUAACAAGUAUGAAUU